AACAUGGAACCCAGAAACCAAACAGGUGUAUCAGAAUUUCUUCUUCUGGGAGUGACAGAGGAUCCAGAAUUGCAGCCCCUCCUCUUCUGCCUGUUCCUGUCCAUGUACCUGGUCACCAUCCUGGGAAAUCUGCUCGUCAUCCUGGCUGUCAGCUCUGACUCCCGCCUCCACACCCCCAUGUACUUCUUCCUCUCCAACCUGUCCUUUACUGACAUCUGCUUAAGCACAACCACCAUCCCAAAGAUGCUGGUGAACAUCCAAGCACAGAACCAGAGCAUCACUUACACAGGCUGCAUCACCCAGGUCUGUUUUGUCUUGGUUUUCCUUGGUUUUGAGAAUUUUCUCCUUGCAGUAAUGGCCUAUCACCGCUAUGUUGCCAUUUGUCAUCCACUGAGGUACACCGUUAUCAUGAACCCCCACCUCUGUGGAUGGUUAAUUCUACUCUCUUUGUACAUUAGCAUCAUGGAUGCCCUCCUCCACAGUCUGAUGGUGUUACAACUGUCCUUCUGCACUGACUUGGAAAUCCCCCAGUUUUUCUGUGAACUCGCACAGGUCAUCAAGCUCGCCUGUUCUGAUUCCUUCAUCAAUACCAUCUUGGCUAAUUUUAUGGCUAGUGUGUUGAGUGGUAUUUCUAUCUUUGGGAUCAUUUUCUCGUAUGCUAAAAUUCUCUACUCUCUUUUGAGAAUGCCAUCAGCUGGCAGAAGAUAUAAAGCCUUUUCCACCUGUGGGUCUCAUCUCUUAGUUGUUUCCUUGUUCUAUGGGACAGGAUUAGGGGUGUACAUUAGCUCUGCAGUUAUGGACUCUUCCAGAAACACUGCGGUGGCCUCAGUGAUGUACACUGUGGUUCCCCAAUUGAUGAACCCCUUUACCUACAGUCUGCGCAACAGGAAUAUGAAGGAAGCCUUGAAAAAAAUAAUCCGGUAG